AGCCCCUUGAGCAGCCAUGCGGUGAUGGAAACUCUGGCGAUCGUUGUUUCGCUGGCGGUCGUUGGCACACGUGCUGCGGGCACCGAUGACGUCCAGCAGGCGCAGGCAUCAGUUGCUUUUCAGAUAGCGCAGAUCUUCGAGAAUGGCAAUGACACCUGUCGGCAGACCUUCAGCUGCUGUCACGGCUCACCGGCCACGGUCGACGGGAGCCUCUGGCAGCAUGUAAAGGCCUUCGCAUCAAACUAUCAUGUGCGUGAGCUGCUGGACUCCACGCCAAGGAUGCUCGAGCGGCAUUACACCUUCUACAACCUCUGGGUCCGAAUGCAAAAUGCAGGCGCAUCGCAGGUAUUUGCGGCCGACUGCUACUUCGGGGUGGUUGCGAUGCUGCUCAAUGCGUUGCCGGCCAUCGAGUUUGAGCAUGGCCUGGAUUUGGCACAAGAGGUGUUCCUCAGUGCUGUCGACAUGCUGGAGCGGAACAACAGCACGGAAGCUGCAAAUUGGACCAUCCCGCGGGAGCCCCUGGACCGACAGUUUCCGCUCUUCCUGGGCCUACAGGCCAACGACUGCGCAGGUGCCAAGUUCCGUGUCUAUGUCUACGAGUCGCAGCAGUACUCUCUAGGCUCAGUCUUCUGUUCUGCCGGACAGUGGGGCGUGGAAGUGCUGCUGCAUCGAUUCUUCGCCUCUGGCUCAUGCCGGACCCUGAACGCCGACGAGGCUGAUCUGUUCUUGGUGCCCGACUACCGGGCUUGUCACAUUCAUCUCGCCCCGAAUUUCCAGCACAAGGGCUUGACAUUACUGGAAGGUGACGAUUACCACUCCCAGGUGAUCCGAAACCACAAGGACAAGUAUCGGCGUCCGGAGGAAGCCGAAAGCAGCUUUCUGGGGCUGAUCCAGACCUUGCCGCACUUUGAUCGCAAGAAGGGCAUGGACCAUAUCUUCAUCUUCUCGGACCAAGGAUUCAUCGUGAACUUCACUCACACCUUUCCCUCCUGGCGGGACCACAUCCCGCAUUCCAUCUUUCUCACGACAGAGGCCUUCACCCCGGGCUGUGGUCCAGGAUGCUUCUCACCCUGGAAGGAUGCCGUGAUACCAGGCCACAUUGACCUGGAUCGGAUGGAGCGCAUCCGAAGCUUCAACCAGCCUUCCAGCAACAGAAGUCUGCUUUUCAACUUCCAUGGCCGCCUUCCAGUGAACCACGACUACUAUGAGAAGGUCGGUGUUCGUCGAGCGCUUCUCCAGUUCGCGGAGCUGCCGGAUGUGAGCGUGGGUGGCUUCAUCGAGGAGUACUUUGAAGUUAUGGGCAAAAGCCAUUUCUGCCUUGUACCGGAGGGUACAUCUUCCUGGACGAACCACCUCUACGAAAGCUUCUUCGCUGGCUGCAUCCCACUGAUUCUUUCGGAUCGCUAUGUCCUGCCCUUCCAGGAUCUCAUCGACUGGCCCUCCAUCAGCAUACGCUGGCCGCAGGAAGCAGUUUCUCUGGAGAUGUACAUGUACAUCAAGGAGCUCGUCGGCAAGCGUCGCCCACUAGUGGAAGCCAUCAAGCAGCGGGUGGAUGAACAUGCCUGUUGGUUUGACUUCUAUCGCUUUGAUCGGGACUGCUCGCCAUAUCGCGGCGUGGUUCACGACCUGGAGCGGCGCCAUCAGAAGAUGCCGAAGUACCUACAUCCACACCACUGGAUGCUUUAG